UCUCUCCUUGUUUUAAAUAUUUCAAAACUGCAAACCGCCUCCCAGUACAUCAUCUUCUUCUUCUUCCAAAAAAAAACUCCACGCACUUUCUUCAAUUUUCUUUCCCCCAACAACCAAACAGAACAGAACCCAACCCCAUGUCUUACCACUCCCAAUCCUACGCCCCCUCCGCACCACCGGCGCCCGAUCCCAACGGAUCGGGCUACCCGUACCCUCCUGCACCCACGAACUACUACGGUCAUACCAGUUACGGGUCACUUGGGCACUCUGAUUUCCCACCCGGGACCCACCCGGAAGUCAUUCGGAGCUUCCAGAUGGUGGACAGGGACCGGAGUGGGUUCAUCGACGAGUUGGAGCUCCAGCAGGCUCUUUCCUCGGGUUACCAGCGGUUCAGCCUUGACACCAUCCGGUUGCUCAUGUUCUUGUUCAAGAAUCCCCGCGAAUCUCUAAGAAUUGGGCCCAAAGAGUUUGCUGCAUUGUGGAGUUGUCUUGGUCAAUGGCGGGCCAUUUUUGAGAGAUUUGAUAGAGAUCGGAGUGGGAAAAUUGAUUCCAUGGAACUAAGGGAUGCUCUAUACAGUCUCGGAUAUGCAAUUCCACCCUCUGUUCUUCAAGUUCUGAUUUCAAGAUAUGAUGACGGGAGUGGCCGUAGAGUUGAGCUGAAUUUUGAUAGUUUCGUUGAGUGUGGGAUGAUUGUGAAGGGUUUGACUGAAAAAUUCAAGGAGAAGGAUCCCCGUUACACUGGUUCAGCAACGCUAACAUAUGACACGUUUAUGUCCAUGAUCAUCCCAUUUCUUGUAGCGUAGAGAACUUGUGACAUGUCAACCUCGUAGUUGUCUAAUGGUUUGGUUUUUGCUUUGCAUUUGUCUGAUUGAAGCAAUAUUUUCAAUGUAUAGAAGGAUUUUUUAUUUAUUUA